AUGCCAUACGCUUACAAGGAGCUGAAACGAAAGCGCACCCUUGCGAGAAAGCAAAUCAUCAACGCCACUACCAACCUGCUUCACGGAGACCCCUUGAGUCCAAGCCGCAAUGGCCAAAUUUACAGCCCGGACGACCACGGAGAGAACUGGGAGACCGCGUCGGAAGAGUCAGAAGAACCUCAAGGUCAAGAGGAUACAGGAGACACGAAAACCCCGACAGAAUUCAAAGGCCUCAACCCCAACGACCUCGAUCUCCCCACCGCAACCGCCGAAGCCGCCAGCGCUACUCCAAAACUCAAUUACUACAUCCUCACCCCUAUAGCCCGGAAUCUCGAGUGGCGGCUCGAUAGCAAAGGCGAGCCAGUGAGGAAGAGCCUCCCAAUAAAAUCAAUGGCCAUCAUGGGCUUUAUGCAGACGCGUGGCCCAGAGCCUACAGAGCCAUGUUCUGGGUGCAGGGAUGGGAAGGGUCCAUGGCGGAGGUGUGUCACUGGCGAGCGGGACAAGUCGAUGGGAAGGUGGAAGUGCGCGAAUUGUCGCUUCAGUCGGAGGCACUGCGAUCUAGGCCCUAAUACCGGGGACAAGCAAAGCGGCAAUUCUGGCAGCAAACCCUACAAGCGUCCGCGCCUGAGCUGCGAACAACCAGAAAUACCGGCACGGAAGUUGACCAUCACCACACUGAGAUAUCGGCCAGGCCAAUCUGAGGAUUCUGCUCGGCUCCCUCUCUUUCAGCAGCCUGCUCGGCUCCCCCAUUCGCCAGCGUCCCGAGAAAGAUCCAAAAGCCUGGAAACUAUUGGCAAGGACGCAGCCGGCAAGCUCAAUAUCCGCCUUCAACCUGCGAAGCCGGAUCGUCACCGAAUUGGGACCAACAACGCGAACGUGGGCCGCAAUCUAACGUCUCGCCAUGAUGGGAAAGUGCUCAAGUUUCCCAUGGGAAAGGACGCUCUUUUUAAUCUUCCGAUACUGCUGCAGGCAGAACGAGAUUUGAAGGCACAUGUUGAGAGGGUGGAGAGAAGGAUCACUCAGCUGAAGGAGAAUGAGAAGGCAAGCUGGGAUCGGCUGCAGGUGUGCUAG